CGCGCCGCGCGUUGCCUCACACGCGACUUGCCACUUGCUAACGCGAACGCGUGCGUUCCCGUCACGUAAUCUUUAACCGUAACUUCGAAAUUUGAUUUUAACGUAACGUGCUCUGUACUGGACUGAAGUGACUUACCAUGCCGCUGCUCGAUUAGGAUAUUUUCGGGUGCUCAGUUUGUCCUGGAGCGACGUCGCCGCUAAAAGAGCUCUGAAUUAUUCAUCCACAUAUUUAACCAACGCGUCCCAACCCUGCGUACACACCACGGGUAUAAUACAACAAAGAUUACUGAGAUCAUUCCAGGGUAAUGGACAUAUAAAAGAGAGCCAUUACUCAAAACAGAACAUUAGUGCCCUAUCUGAUUAAUCGAUAGUUAUGAAUAUUACAGCGUGUCCAGCUUAUUCAAAUGUAUAUACUUACAUCAAACAAUAGAUAAAACUUUCAGUAGGUACUACUGUCGCUAUCACGUAACGAACAGAAUGUAUUCUAUAGUCAGGAAGUGUUACCGAAUUAAUUAACUGCGCAACUACAUUGUUGGCGACUUUUGUUACGAAUUCAAUUGUGAUAUAAUCGAUAUUGGAAUCGAAUCGGAUUCAUCGUCUAAUCGAAGGAGGAACUCACAAAAGACAGGGAAAAGUGUGAAAAGAAAUGAAAAGGAUUCGUAGAAUUGUAGUGUAGUGUAGCGUCAGCGAAAUAAAUGUUUAGAGAAUGCGCGAAUGUUCGAUAUUGGAAUGAAAAUGGAUUUCGAAGGUCUUUUUGGAUUGUUUAAAAUUGGAAUCGAUAAAAGUGUGAUUACUGAUGGUAUGGAGUUGGGUAUUAGUGAGGAGGUGAUGGUAAACUGAGGAAGCGAUGCGCAAGGUGUCUGCGAGGACAAUGAGGAGUAUGCCGGCGCGGGCGGUGCGGCAGGUUAUGUUGGCUGUGAUAUCUGCUGUGCUGGUGGUGGGAACAGGCGAGUGGAGCGAAGACGCUGAAGAUUUGGUAUCAACAGUGGACGUGGACGCUGUGCUGGGGCGCACGGCGUCGCUGCCGUGUGACGUAACACCCGACACCAACGAGGACCGCGUCUACAUGGUGCUCUGGUUCCGCAAGAGUGGCGGGAAACCUAUUUAUAGCUUUGACGUCCGCGGGCGAUCGUUCUCGAAAGCUCUGCAGUGGUCGGACCCUGUAACGUUUGGACCUCGAGCCUACUUCGCUACCGUGGCCCGCCCAGCUGCCUUAACCCUUAGCUCCGUACAACUUGAUGAUGAGGGCGUCUACCGCUGCCGGGUCGACUUCAAGAACUCACCAACCAGAAACUUUCAGAUACGACUUACUGUCAUUGUACCACCACAUCAGAUGAUGCUAUACGACAAAUCGGGGGCCGACGUGUCGGGUGUCGUCGGGCCGUUGGAGGAAGGAGCGGCGUUGGUGCUGGUGUGUGAAGUUCGUGGAGGUCGCCCAGAGCCCGUGGUGUCCUGGUUGAUCGACGGCUCGCCAGCCCCUCAGUACAUAGGCGUUAAAACCGACACCCACGUGAUGGUGAACCGCCUGGAACUCCAGCAUUUGAGGAGGGAUGACCUCAAUACUACCUUCAAGUGCAGAGCUGCUAACACUCAUCUUGUUCCACCGCAGGAAAAAGCCGUGCGACUUGAGAUGAACCUGGCACCCCUCUCCGUAUCCCUUCUGAGUCGACCACAACAGCUGAUCGCGAACUCCCCAAGCUCUCUGCGUUGCGUCGCCGAAGGCAGCAGACCGCCAGCUCAGAUUAUCUGGUACAAGGACAACAGGAUUUUUGAUAAGACCAAGGUAAUAGAACACUCGAACGAGACGUGGUCAGUCAGCACGUUGAAAUUCAGCCCGAACCCUGAAGACAACGGAUCCAUUGUGAAAUGCGUCGCUUCUAAUCCCACGCUGCCUGCAAAGGCUAUCGAUGACCAGCUGCAGCUCAAUGUUGUAUAUAGUCCACUGGUGAGCUUGUCAUUGGGUAGUACGCUGAAUCCGCAGGACAUCAAGGAAGGUGAUGAUGUCUACUUCGAGUGCAACGUGAAAGCCAAUCCUAGAGAACACAGGAUAUCUUGGUUUCACAAUGACAGGCCAGUACUCCAGAACAUGACGUCGGGAGUCAUCCUCAGCACUCGAUCCUUAGUCCUUCAGAAGGUGACCAGGAAAGACGCCGGCGGAUACUCCUGUAAAGCCGCCAACUCCAGAGGAGAGACCUCUAGUGAGGUGGUUAAGCUGAGAGUACAAUUUGCUCCCGUAUGCGCGGAGCCGACGCCGCAAGUUGUGGGAGCGGCGUUGGACGAAGCUUUGCGCGUGCGAUGCUCGGUCCACGCUGAUCCUGCUGAAGUCACGUUCUUAUGGCAGUUCAACAAUAGUGGUGAGAGCUUCAAUGUCUCGCCUGCUAGAUAUGGAACAAUCAACGGGAGUAUAAGCGAGCUUCGGUACACACCAGCCAGCGAGAGGGAUUAUGGGGCGCUGACUUGUAGAGGGACCAACACAGUCGGGGGCCAGGCCCAACCUUGCGUGUUUCAGAUCGUCCCAGCAGCUCGACCAUCACCACCAAGGAACUGCACUGUCACAGCCAGUAAUGGCUCCAAUUGGAUCGAGGAUUCAAGUCGGGAAGAACUCGGCGACCACUUGGUGGUGCGCUGCGUGGCGGGAUAUGACGGAGGUCUUCCACAACUAGUGGUGUUGGAAGCGGUUGACACUGCCAGUGGGGCCGUCAGGUUUAACGUCACUGCUAAUGAGACUGAUGGAGUGGCACUGUUUCUAGUGCCGUCUGGUGUGUUGUGGUCAAGUGGACAUAAUUUACGCCUCACAGUGCAUUCACGGAACGACAAAGGAGCCUCAGAAAGGAUAAUGAUCCAUGCUUUAGCGUAUCAGGACCCUGAAAGGCGGACUGAUGGCACCUACGGCCUGAUGGCAGGAGUAUCCAAACUCGCCUUCUGGUCUAUUCUCCUGACGGUCGCCAUAUGCUCAGGCGUCGCUGUAUUCACGGGAUAUUUCUUGCGCAAAAAGAGGGCGCGUCCACCAAUAAAGCAGCAGUCACCAGAAUUGCAGCUGAACGCGGGAGAUGGUCAGUACGUGGUCGCGUAUACUCUGAAGCCUCCUAAACAAGCUCAACCAGACAUCCUGAACCCGCCUCCAGACGGGGGCCCUCCAAACGUGAAGUGUGGCACAGAGGCAGCUGUCAAAAAUGGGACACUUACCGUAAGUGACGAGUGGUGCCCGGGUGAACGCGGCUCGCACGAAGAGCGCACGUUGCUGUCACCGCCUCGGUCUUCGUCGAAGCUUCCAGUAGCCAACAUGACGAUAAGUAGAAGAGAACAUCUCAUAGCCGAAGAGAUCCCCGGACCAGAGAGUUGUGUAUAGAUAGAUAUACAUGUAGAAAAAUCUAGCCAAUUAUUUAUACUAUAACUUUUUGUACAUAAUGACUGUCAAAAUUGUGAUAAUUGUAAAUAGAUACGAGGAGAAGUCGAAGUAAAAAUCUGUUAAGUG